AUGGAAAACAGCCAAUAUUAUAAUAGACUAGUAGAACUAAAUUUACUAGCCGAACAAAUUUUUUGUCAAAAUAAAAAAUUAUUAUUAAUCGAUAAUAAUUUGAAUGGCAUUCGAUCAACUAAGGGCGGUUAUCGACGAAAUGAAAUUACCAAGAAUAUUUCAAAAAUUAGUAUUCACAAUAAUUUAUUCUUAACACUAAAUAAAACCCAAAUAAAUGACCACCUGGACAAUGUGGAAAAAGUUCUUACUGAACAACGAGACAAGUCAAGAGAAAAGAGAAAAGGUCUUAUCAAUGAACUUAUAAAAUUAAAUCCAAAUGUUACUGAAUUACCUUUAGAAGAGGCAAAAUUUUUAUUAAGGUAA